AUGUGGACUGCACGAGCUGGAAAUUUCCACCGAGAUUUCGACGUAACGGGCCAUGCGAAAAUCCUCGAAACCGGACAACUCCUCACUCUUUCACUCGACAAUAACUCGGCGUCAGGUUUCCAAUCGAAAAACGAGUACUUGUUUGGGAAGAUCGAUAUGCAGAUCAAGCUCGUCCCCGGAAAUUCAGCUGGCACUGUCACUGCCUACUAUUUAUCUUCACAAGGUAGAUUGCACGAUGAGAUAGAUUUCGAGUUCUUGGGGAAUUUAAGCGGCGAGCCUUAUGUUGUACACACUAAUGUUUACACUGAGGGAAAGGGUAAUAGAGAACAACAAUUCUAUCUGUGGUUUGAUCCGACUGAAGAUUUUCACACUUACUCCAUUGUCUGGAAUCCCAAGAGGAUCAUUUUCUCAGUAGAUGGAAGUCCUAUUAGAGAAUUCAACAACUCGGAAUCUCCCACUAUUCCGUUCCCGGAAAACCAGCCGAUGCGAAUCUACUCGAGCCUGUGGAAUGCCGAUGAUUGGGCGACCAGAGGUGGGCUCGUCAAGACAGAUUGGAGCCAGGCUCCAUUCACGGCUUUCUACGCAAACUUUAGUGCAGAUGAUGCCUGUGUUUGGUCUUCCUCUACUUCGUCUUCCACUUGCUAUCCUAAUUCGAGCUUGUGGCUGAAUCAAGAACUGGAUAUCGUGAGCCAGGAGAGAUUGAGAUGGGUGCGCCAGAAUUACAUGAUAUAUAACUACUGUGCUGAUCCCAUGCGUUCUCCACAGGGUUACCCUCCCGAGUGUGAGACUGACUUACAUUAA